UAGAAGGGAGUUUAAAUAAGUGCUUUGGGUGUCGGAUGUGGAGCUGUAUAUAUGCACCCACAUAAUUGAGCAUGCAGUGCACUGCCCUUGCAGAUCGCUGUCCAUGUCGCAAUUAUUGCAUUUCGUCAUAACAAAUUCGGUUCUAAUUUAUUUUAAACGACCACGCCCGCUAGGAAAUAAACAUGGGCUGCUGUUUUAAUUAUAAGUUGGUGCUCAAUCUGUGUAACUUUCUGUUUUUGAUAUGUGGCUUGCUGCUGAUUGCAUCGGGCCUGUAUAUCUUUUCGGAUAACAAGCGCAUUCUGCUGUCCAGACUUUUGGCUGCCUCCAGCGAUCGGCUGAGCUCGCUUCCCCAGCCCUUGCUGUUCUACAUAGCCCUGGGCGUGGCCAUUGCCGGAUUUGUGGCCACUCUGGCCGCGGUCGUGGGUUUCUGGGCCAGCUGCCUGCACACCUACUGCUUCCUGACCAUAUACUUCCUCAGCGUUGUGGUGCUGCUCUUGACCGAAUCGGUCUUGUGCCUGGCCAUUACUCUGUGGCCCCAUUGCCUGGGCAUUAGCCUGGACGAGAGCCAAAUGGUGAGAUCCCUGCAGGUCAACUAUGCCGUUCCUGGGCAGGAGCAGUUCACCAAUGCCAUGGACUUGGCCCAGGCACGUUUCGGCUGCUGCGGGAUGAAGAGCUCCCUGGACUACGACACCUCGUUGUGGCGAUUGCAGGGCUAUGGACAAAGGAAUUGGCCGGUGCCCCUCAGUUGCUGUGUGCUGGAAAAUUGGGAACAGCCCUUAUCCUUUUUGGACCCCAAGCCGGCCAACGAGUCCAUGUGUCAGUCGCUCGAGCGAUUAUCCUACGAAAGGGAGCGCCACACCGAGUCCUGUCUUCCACAUCUGGACAACUGGUACAGGGAACAGUAUAGCGUUUUCCUGGGUGCCAGCCUGGUUUUGGCCCUCAUCGAGUUUUGCGUCCUGCUGGCAAUCAUCAUGAGCUGCACGGGUCUGGCCACCAAAAGGGCCCGACUCAAGAAACCGCCCCAGGAGAGGAGCGGUCAAAAGGUGAAGUCUCGACAAACGCUGAUAGAGAACAUUUACGAACCCGAGGUUGAACUCCGGGAAAAUUCCAGUCACUGUAUCGAUGGAGUUUACCUGGGACCAGCUAGCCGUCAUGUCAGCAGUGAGGAUUUUAAGGAUCUGUAUAUAAAGCCGAGGGACCUGUACAGGCAACAUCACUUGGGCUCGGGGAAACCAACUCCUUUAGACCGUCCAACGCAAAUGAGAAAUUAUUUGGUCUGAACUUUUACUUAGCCUGGAUUUAUUGUAAAGUAAUUAUAAGCAAAUGAUAUCGCUCAAUAUUAGUUAUUAGGUUCAGUUAGUUGACAGAAUAAGUAAUCUGUAUAAAAGGAUUUUAUAUUUAACUUUUGCGGUUACGGAUUCACAAAUAUUAUUAUUAGUGUAAAAUAUUUUAUUUAUUAUUAUUUCUCUUUUAUGAUGCAGCUUUUAAAAAAUUAAAUGAUUAAGCGUACGAUCAA